CGCGGCCACGGAGAUCACUAGUACGCCACAAUCCGGCUAUACUCAACGUUGCGUAUCAGUCCAAAAUGAAGUUGACUAUUAUAUUGUUCCUUUGUUUCGCUGCCUCUCAGGCGGAUGACAUAGCCUCGGCCGCGGGGCAGAUAUUCAACAGCAUCUUGCCGAACUUAAUCGGCAACUCGGUAACUGGACAACAAGGCAACACUGCCACAAACACGCUUCAACAAAUCGGCACGGUAGUCGGAGGCGUAGUGGACUAUGCUAAGAAGAAGAGUUAUGAGGAAAUGCUCAAGCAAGUGCAAGACUCGACAACAGACGAGGACCUGCUUCGCAUCAGCGAGGAAAUGUUUAAUUCAGAUAUCAAUAACGCAUUCAAUUAUAUUCAAGUCAAUUUGCAAGGCAAAACCAGCCCUCUGUCCAAGACUGAUGAGGCACAAACCAAUCUCUUGAGCGUGCCCGAGAAUGUUUGGAAUGGGCCGACGAUAAGACCGUUCGUCGCUUUGUUUGAUAAUUAUCACAAGAACGUGAUUAGGCCAGAGUUCGUAACACCAAAUGAAGAGACGGAACAGGUCACUUACAUCAACACUAUUCUUGCGACUGGUCCAAUUAGGACUUUGAUGAAUUUCCUGGUUAGCAAAGGUCUUAAUCAAAUGAACGAAUACAAUGAACAAGUUGAUAUAUUGAAGAAAAUUUGGUUCACGAAAUAUGCUCGUCACUGGACCGGCCUUUGCAAAUGCAGCUGCGCUUUUGAAAACAUAUUCAUGGCUGAACUAAAGUCAAAUGAUGUUCUGGGUCUCCACAGCUGGUUGUUCUUUGCUAAAAGAGAAAUGGAUCAUAAAGCUAACUACUUGGGCUACAUAGAUAAACUCGACUUAUCUGGAAAAGGACUGAUUCUCAAGCAACAUUCAAUCCUGAGUGAAACCAAGGAUGCGCCAGAAAUCACAAUGUUCGUCGGCACAUCACCAGAGCUAGAAACCGCCUUGUAUACUCUGUGCUUUAUGGCGCGCCCUGACAGGCCGUGCAAGUUGCGCUACAAUAACGUACCAUUUACCAUUCAAACCAAAACCUUGAAAUCUGAUAAUGUUAUCCUCAUUGACACUGCAUACCCUAUGUAUUAAUUUAAGUUUUUUAACAUCUCUUAAAAUAAUAGAUUAUUUAUCGAUAUAAAAAUCAAUUUUGUAACUUAAAAUGGUUACCGUACAAUGUUAGAAAAUGUACAAUAAGAUAUAUAUUUAAUAAAAUACUCAAUAAUA